CAGGGUACUUAUAUUUCGUUUUAUUUUGAAGGUCUCCCAGAAAAUGUCCGGAAGUUUUGAAUGCUACCUGUUGCCAGUGGACACUGCAAUCUAGGAACAUUUAUAUUAGGUCCUAUCGAUUUUUAAGAUUUAGAAUUGAUGGCAGUAAUGCUUUGGGCACAAAUACACAGUAUUUUUUUAUAGAGCAUUCCAAAGUAGUGAAACCAAGUGCUCCGUUAAGUGCGAAUUUCAGCAACGUGGGAGCGACUAGUUUGGUACUUCACUGGGGUUCUCCUGCAAAUAUGCAAUACGGUGAAUUUAGACCUGGAUUGACGUAUUCUAUCCAGUAUCGUCCUUUAUCUUCAGAUCCAGCAUCAUUUAAGGAAAUAAGGCUGCAGCGAGAACCCUUUUCAUUAGCAGGCUCUGCUGAAUUUAAAGAUCUGAUUCCUUAUACGGAAUAUGAAUUUAAGAUUCGUUGCAGAUCCCCGGAUUCAGAUAGUGAUUUGAUGUGGAGCCCCGACUUGACUAUUUCUACAAGAACUCUUCCUGAUGUUCCUUACAGGAGACCUGAAAUUACAAACUCUUCAUUUACUAUUGAAUCUAAUUAUGUCACUGAAAGCUUUCCUGAUAUGAGAACAAUAACUCUUUACUGGAAGUUUGCUUUUAGUUACUUAUUUCAGGGUGUACCUGCUGCGCACGAAAAUGGCCCAGACUUUCACUAUGUGAUUCACGUUUCUUCCCGAAAUUUGCCACUAGGGGUUAUUGCUGUUGGCAAUGAAACAAAGUACAGUUUUUGGAACAUGACAGUAAAUACACGUUACAAGUUUCAACUGUAUGCCAGUAAUAGCGUCGGUCUUUCCACCAACAUUUCAGGAAUUGUUGUUGCAACAGAUAAAUUACUUCGUGGACCUAAAGAUAUCAUUGUCGAAGCGAAGGAAAAUAGUUACUUCAUUAGCUGGACUUCUGAGUAUGAAGUAAAUUAUUAUGAAAAUGAAAUAGAAUAUUAUACUUUAUUUUGGUGUAAAAGUUCGAUUCCACGUCCCGUAAUAUGUCAUGAUUCUCUACAGUGGUUGCAUUUGAACCAAACUGAAUAUAAUCUGCAACUGACUGGUGGAAAUGAUUAUCAAUUUGCUGUAUCUGCAAACUCCUUGAAGUGGACAUCGGGAAUGUUUUGGGCUUCUUGCCAUAUUUCUUUCAAUCCUCAAUAUUUCGAGGCAUAUGAAAUUUGCCUCAAUUUUACCCAGGCCUUAGCUACAGUUCCCGAUUCUGGCAUUUUGUACCUAUGAAAUUUAUAAAUUAAAUUAUAUAAUAGCAAAGUUAUAUGUUAUAUGCGGCUAAAAUGUACAUUUAAGACGUGUGAAAUGACUUUAAUAAUGGACAUGGAAAUGUAUCUUCUUUUGACUACUUUAAAAUAUAACACUGAAAUGUUUUACCUUGCUGAUUAAAUUUUUAGAAUGCGUGUUUAAAA